AUGGCUGCACCAGCUAUCUGGAUUGUUGUCGGCGCAAGUAGAGGCAUCGGACUCGAGUGGGUGCGCCAGCUUCUUGCUAGAGGUGACCACGUCCUGGCUACUGUACGGGAUGUGGCAAAAGCUUCCCGGCUUUGGACACUCGCAGGCUCCGCAGCUAUGGGCAGAUGCCAGCUCUUUGAAUGCGACGUAGCUUCGGAGGCCAGCAUCAAUAACUUUGCCCGAGAGGUAGCUGCACUGAGAAACAUUGAUAGGAUUGAUUAUGUGAUUCUCAAUGCUGGAAUCCUUCAAUACCCCAAUCGAGCUACUGAGCUCUCCUUCGAUAACUUCUCGGACCAUCUAAGAACGAAUGCUGUUGGACCAAUCAUUACUGCUCAAAGACUUUUGCACACCGGUAUCCCUAUCGGAAGCAUCGCUUUCAUGUCUAGUGAUUCCGGUUCAGCCACAGACUUUCGUGACUUCGAAGACGGCUUUGCAGCUUACGCUGCGUCAAAAGCAGCAUUGAAUCAGAUGCUCAGGCAUAUGGCGUCGGAGCUGGCACGAAAGAGAUACAUUACGACUAUUCUAGCUAUGCAUCCGGGCGAGGUUGCAACAGAUAUGGCAAACGUAUCUCUGGGAUGGGAAGUCGAGGGUAUCAUUAAUGCAGACGAGUCAGUGGCAGGCAUGCUUCGGGUUGUCGAACAGAAGACCAUCCUGGAUACAGGGACAUUCUGGACAUGGGAAGGGAAUCGGCAUCCAUGGUGA